AUGGCGCUCCGGCUGCCUGAUCUGCCGAUGUUCAAAAUUUUCUCUUUCCUGGACGCGUUCAGCUUGCUCCAGGCUUCCCAAGUGAACAGGGAAUGGAAUAGGGCUGCCGAGAACCAUCACCUGUGGAGAAACCUGUGUCUGAAGAAAUGGAGCUUCUGCAACUUCUCCACGUGCCUGGGCUCACAGACAUGGAAGCAAUUCUUCCUCAAACAGACAAAGCUGGAGUAUCGGAUGGCCUUGGCGAAGCCAGAGGACUUUGUCUUCAAAGAAGCAACUGGGAACCUUGGAAUCCUAGGACCUAUAGCUUAUCUGUCAGGAAAUGGCCCCACAAUGGAUGGACAGGAGAGGUCCGUCAUUUGUACGGUGUCAUCCAAGCACAUGCUUUAUGCCUGGGACGUGCAGGAGGGUACUACGAUCUGGUCAAGCCCCGUCCAGCAGUCUAGUAUCAAGCAUCUGGCGACCCUCCCUCACCUGCAUCUGGCAGUCACUGUAGAUUUGGAGGGAACUGUCAAAGUGUGGAACUGUCAGGAUCGGGAUGCCCUGGCUGCCUUCCCCAUAUCUAAGGCCUGCUUUUCUUUGGAAGUCUGUCUCACAAAGGAUGGCCCGUUCUUGAUGGUAGGCAAUUCUGAAGGUGACAUCUACACGUUGACAGUGCCUGAGCUCAGGUGUGUUUCUAAAGUCCAUGCAUUUAAAUACAAUGUUGACCUUCUAUGCUGCUCUCCUGACAAGAAGUGGAUCUUUGCAUCUGGGACACAUCAGAAUAUCUUGCCCAGGGUCUUUUUCGCAGAGUGCUUGCUGAAACCAUCGGAAGGCAAAAGCCCCCUGUCCCUCUCUAUCCCGUUUUCAUCCUGCUGCAGAGCCUGCUGGGCCCCGAGGAGGACGAGCAGGGUAACACUGAUGUACCGAAGAGGCUCUUUCAAAAAGACGGGAUUUACCACCUUUGACCUAAUGACUGAGAAGACUGGGGACAGAACAGUCAUUCAAGCCCAUCAGAUUGCAACUUUCCUGUUGCCACUUCAUAUGGAGAGUCCGAUUUGGAUGGAAGCCAGUGAUGGAAAUAUGAUCAUCUUCGAGAGUGGGCCGUACUUGUUCCUCUUCACCAUCAGUGGACACCAGCUGCAACGAUUUGAGGACCACCAGAGGACCAUCGGCAAUGUAUGGGCGGAUUCUCUACAUGUCCUCACCACAUCCAUGGAUGACUCUCUGCACGUGUACAUGUGGGAAGAGGAAGGCCGUUACCCAUACCUCAAGAGCUGCUGUCACCUGGAGCACAUAGGGAGUAACCUGGCGCCGAGCUGCUAUGUCUCCAAAGCAGUAUGUGAUAACAUGAGCAUAGUGUGUGUGGUGUCAAAGAGUCGUGAGUCCAGCAGUCUGGUGAUGUAUUCUUUGCAUAUGUAA